AUGGAGAGAAACUUCGUUGCUGGGGCUUUUAUAGACUCCCAACUGAUCCCUGGAACGGAAGAUCACUUCCUUGGUACCGAGCUUGUGGGGCAGGCGAGGUGGAUGUACCGAACGCUUCUCUGCGGAGCUAUCAUAGCUCGGAAGGCUGAGUUCGAGUUGUCGGGGAUGCAGUCACUGCGCAGGAAGCUCGAAAUUGCUGCCAAGGCCAACAAUGAACUCAAAGCCCAAUUUGAAACGCUUCAGGAGCAGUUGUUUGAGGCGGGGAAAAAGCUUAAGGCUGCUGAGGAGAAAACUGCAUCCACCGAGGAGAAGCUGAAGGCCUCCAAUGACACUGUGUCCCGUUUAACCGAGCAGGAGAUGACUCUGGAAAGCCAACUUAAUGCCGCGCAAGGUCAGGUGGUGGCUUUGGAGAAAGAGCGUGACGUGGCCGUCUCGUCGGCUAAAGCCGCUCAAGCUGAGGUUGAGGAGCUUAAGAAGAAGCAUAAGGUGACCAGAGAGCAGGGAAAGAAUGCGAUCUUCAUGACUGAGGAGGCCCUUAUCGAGUUGGCGGGGAUGCAGUCGCUGCACAGGAAGCUCGAGUCUGCUGUCCAGGCCAAUAACGAAUUCAAAACUCAAGUUGAAACUCUUCAGGAGCAAUUGUCUGAGACGGGGAAGAAACUAAAGGCUGCUAAGGAGAAGGCCGCGUCUGCCGAGGAGAAGUUGAAGGCCUUCGAUGAGACCGUGUCCCGUUUAACCGAGCGGGAGAUGACUCUGGAGAGCCAACUUAAUGUCGCACAAGGUCUGGUAGUGGCUUUGGAAAAAGAGCGUGACGUGGCCGUCUCGUCGGCUAAGGCCACUCAAGCUGAGGUUGAGGAGCUUAAGAAGAAGCAUAAGGUGACCAGAGAGCAGGGAAAGAAUGCGAUCUUCAUGACUGAGGAGGCCCUUAAGGCCCAGGUGAAGAUCGUGGCUCCCGAUUUCGACACGUCGGCAAUUGGAGUUUUCAAGACGAUCAAGGAUGGCAAGAUUGUUGACAUGCCCAAAAAAUGA